UAAAUCUCCUGAUCAGAAAUCUGAAAGCUGUACUGAAGCAUCAUGGGUGACAAUAAGCUCCGUCUUUUACUGCUUUUGAGCACCGUCGCCUUGUCAAACGCGCAGGAUGAAGGACCACCAUGCUUGAUGGCCAAAAGAUACAAACCCUUCAACAAGUAUGAAUACUUCUAUAAGACAGAGUCCUUGAAUGCUUUGAAUGAGGCGGUCAAUGGCCCCGAGGCCAGCUGCAAGGUUGAGAUUGCAGUUCCUGGUACAUGCAGCUACAUCUUGCGCACCACCGAAUGCAAGCUGAGAGAAGCGAUUGGCGUCAAUGCAGAUGGAAACCCAGUGUUUGGAGCUGCUGCUGGCACCGAGGACUUCAAAACCGCCAUGGAGAAGGCUGACCACACCAGUCCCUUGGCCCUCAUCACUGGCUUGCACCAUCCUCUUGCUCAGCUGAUCUGGAGCAACCAGACCUGCAACUACAAGUUUGACAAUGAGCAGCACCACAUGACCUCUGGAAGUUGCACUGAAAAACAUGUUCUUGUGCCUUUCUCAUACAAGGGAAGAUAUGGAGUGACCAAUACUGGUAAACAGGCCUUGACUCUUUUAGGAGUUGCUGAGUACAAUGACAGAGUCUUUGAACACAAUGUGGCCAAUAUGAAACCCCUCCAUCUUGACCGCAGUGUUGACAUGAGCCCCAUCCAGGAUAAAGACGCCGCUCUUGCUGUUCUGAGGGAACUUUCGGGCCUUUCCAAGACCAACGAUGGACGCAAGAGAGCCCACUUGGCCCACAAGCUUGUAGCUGUGAUCCGCAAGAUGGAAGCUGAAACCUUGACAGCCACUGUUCCUGAGGCCCUGGAGAUUUCUCGGUUUUUGACGUACCAGGCUUUGCUACAAUGCGGCACCCCAGAAUGCAACAGUGCUAUCAUGCAGAUUUUCAGGACCUUUGACAGGUCCUCAUUUGAGAUUGACGCUGCUGUAUAUGGCAUGGGAAUGAUACCCCAGUCCUCGCGAGUCCUUGUGAAGGAAAUGUUGGCGAUGGCAAAGUUCAAGCCGACCAAACCCAUCUACUAUGCUCUCAGCCAAGCUGUGAGAAGGCUCUAUGAGACCGAUGGAGUCACCAAUGAGAUCCAAGCAGUGGCUGAUUAUGCCCUUGAACAGAUUGGUGAUUGCACAGGUGACCAGGAACACGUCUUUCUUUCUCUAAGGGUCAUUGGCAACAUGGUGGUUGCACUGGGAGCUGCGCGCCCUGCUUUGCAUUCUGCUGUUAUUCAAUGCAUCAACCAGCCGACUGCCUCCCCUUCAGUUCAGCAUGCUGCCAUCCAGGUCUACAGACAGAUUCUUGUACCUGAGGAGGGUCGUGAGGUGCUCAUGCAUGCUGUUCUAGACAGAGAUGCAUCUGUACAGAAGCGUGUUGCCGCCUACCUCAUCUUGAUGAAGAACCCUACCCCUGCUGAACUUGCUCAAUUGGCAGCAGCUGUCCAUGUUGAGGAAAACCGCCAGGCCAAGAGCUUCAUCAUCUCUCAUAUCACCAACAUCUUGAGCUCUACAGCACCAGAGACUCAGGACCUGAGGUGGAAGGUUCAAGAGGCCUUUCAAGGCAAUGAAAUUGGAAUGAUCAUGGAACCCACCAAACUCUCUCGAUACUAUAGACUUGGAUCUUUAGAGGGAAAUAUGAUCUUUGAAUCUCCCAACGAACUGCCAAGGGAGGUCAUGCUGGAGAUGACCUUGAAUGCUUUUGGAUUUGAUAUGGACUUCAUUGAGAUUGGCAUGGAGGGUAAGGGCUUUGAGCCUAUUGUGGAGGCCCUCUUUGGUGAUGAUGGAUUCUUCCCAGACACUGUCAUGAAGACCACUUUAUACGCUACCGACAAUAUGCCCGCCCAACUCAUCGAGGUCUUGGACAACAUGCUGCCAAUCAUGAGGAAUGAAAGGAAAAAGAGACAGGCUAUUCAAAACAUAGUCAAAGAAAUCAGUGAUAAUGUCAACAAGCUUAUUGAGGACUUGAAGGCCCAGGAUACCCCUGAAGCGAUGGUGUACCUCAAGCUUCUGGGUGCUGAACUUGGCUAUCUUGAUGCAAAAGAUGGCAAGAUGAUUCACAAUCUCCUUAAGAUGAUCCCCACUGAUUUUGCUAAAAGACUGCUCUCAAGUGUCGACAACGAGCUUUUCCUUCACUACAUCUUCAUGGAUAAUGAGUUCUAUCUGCCCACCGGUGCUGGCUUUCCAUUGAGAGUUGCUCUGUCUGGUACCUUUACACCUGGAAUCAAAGGAGGAUUGAGGUUUAGUCCAGGCAUGAAGGAAUUUGCAUUCGCGCUUUCUGCUGGCAUUGAGUUUGUGACUGAGAUUGGGACUCACUUCCCAGACUACGUUCUCUCCGGUCUGGAGAUGCACACUAACAUCUAUCAUGAGAGUGGCUUCAGAGCAAAGCUCUCUGUGACCAACAACCAGCUCAAGCUUUCCAUUCCAGCUCCUCGUGAGCCAACUGAGCUCAUCAGUGUGACCAGUUCUCUGGUGUCUGUUGUUGGUGCCAAGAUUUUGCCCAUUCAUGCCAAUGGCGAGUAUAUUAAUGCGGAAGUAUGUGCUCCUGUUUUCCCUGGAUGGAAGCACUGUACAGUCCUUAAGUAUCCUGAUGAUGCCGCCCCUUAUUUUCCUCUCAAUAGUGAUACCAAAUUUACUGUUACGCUCUACCCAUCGGUAGAGGUCACAGAGUAUACUGCCACCAUCAACUACGCCUAUGAGGAUGAUUCAGACAAAGUCACAUUUAGCAUAAAGGCUGAAGGAACACCCUUUGAGGCCACAAAUACAGUGAUGUUAAACAGAAAGCAACACACUGUAUCAUCAGAGUUGCUCAUUGCCCCUCUUCAGCUUUAUUCUAAAGUUUCUGCAAAACUAAAGCAUGAUGAGAAGUUGACGUUGGAACUUGAGAGUGACCUAAAACUCCCUGAGACGACUUCUGUUCAAACACUCAUCCUGAAACUGGAGAAUGAGAAGAUUGAGGCUGAAUUAAAGUCUCAUGUCAAUUCUGAGAUUCAAAGAAUCAUUCCCAACAUCAAUGCUAUUGAAACCAUUGUCAAUAGCCUUCUUGAUGGCCAGAUUGCCCAGAAUGAAAAGAAAGUCCGUGAUAUCCUGGCAAAGUCAGCUGCGUAUUUGGGCGUUCCUGCUUUGCCUGUGUUCGCUAUUCCUGAAAGACUGUUCCUGAAUGUAGAGGUUGCUGCUAAAUAUCUCUUUGGCCAUCCUUACUAUACCAUCACUCUUCCCUUGCCCUUGGGUGGAAAAUCCACUAGAGAUCUAAACUUUCUGACGACUAUCUCCACCCCAAAUCUGAUUAUACCUCAUCUUGAUCUGGAAUUUGAAGCUACUAGCAUUAAUCUUCCAGAGGUCUCCAUUCCUGUGAGUGUGUCGCUGUCUGUGCCGACUCUUGAAAUUACAGAAAUGUCCGGAAAACUAAGCAGCAACUUCUACAACUUAGAAACAGCUGUGUCUGCUGCCAGAGAUCCUUCUGCAGACCUACGUUAUUCUGCUAAGGUUGAAGUUACCGGAACAAGUCCUGUUGACCUCCUAUCCCUAAAGGUUGAAGGAUCUGCUCUUGUUGAGCCCACACCUGGCAAUUCUCUAAUGACAAAAGUAAAAACAGUGGUUCACCACAAGAUUAUUGAUGCCACCAUCAGAGUUGAGGAGGAAGUAAAGCUUGCUGAAAAACUCAGUGUGAAAUCCAAAAGCAAGCUUGACGUAAUUAGCCUUUUUGGAGUGCAAAUUUCGCUGGAGCAUAAUGGAACUUUUGAAGUUGAUGACGAGGAGAUCUCUGGAGAUGGAAACCUGGAAGGAUCCUUCGAGGCUGGUUCAGUCAAUGGUUCAGGAAUCCUUACACAGUCAGUCUCUCUACUCCCAUCCAGACAAGAGGCAAAGAUUGAUUCUUCAUUGAAAGUAGACUCAACACUUCUUCAAGCUCGAAACUCCUUUGCUUUAGCUUUUGCCAAUGGAGGACUGAUAAUUCUAUCCAACACUGCAGCAUUUGAUGACCAUCUAACAAACACUGCUAACAUCACCUUCAAGGAAUUUCAGCUUGCUCUAAAUACUCAUACAAAAACACAGGCUUUUGGCCUGAAGAUCCAAAACAUGGCUGAGACCAGAGCUGGUGCUGAAGCAGUCAGUGUUAAGAUUGAGACCUCUACUGACAUCUCUGAAGAACGUAUCCAUUCCCUGGUCGCAGGAGUAUUGGACAUCAAUGGUCUAACUAUUCACAGUGAUGCCUCUGCUAAACUUAUGGGACACACAGCUGCACACAAAGCCAAUCUGAACCUCAAUAUGGAUGGCCUGACCACCAGUGGCACAACCUCACUGCAAAGCGCCUUUACUAUGGAGGAGGUUAAGCAGACCUUUGAGAUCAACUACAAAAAUCUAUCUGCCACUGCUAAAUGCAAAACAAUUGGAAAUAUCAUGGGAACACGCAUUAACCACAACACUGAACUGCAGAUGGCUGGACUUUCUGGCAGAAUCAAGAAUCGUGUACAUUUCAACUCCAUGGUGUUUAAUGUUGAAACCAACACUUACGGUACAACUAUUCCAUUCAGUUUCAAUUUUGAUGCCUCUGCUAAUGGUGAUAAUGACAUAUACCUGUAUGGACACAGUAAUUGUGAGUUUCAUGCAAAAGUCCUCCUGAAAGUAGAACCACAAUCGAUUGCUCAUUCUCAUGAAUUCAAGAUCUCAACGCUCCUUGACAUAGACAGUGUCAACAUCAAAUCCCAUUUUGAGAGCAAGUCUGACACUCAGCUGAUCCCAUCUGAACAAAAGACUAAAGUGACUGUUAAAGCUGACGUGAACAACAACACCAUCAAUCAGGAAAUAAGCGGUUACAAUACUCCAGCACAGUUUGGGCUGGAAGGGUCUGGAACAGUGCACACCAAUUUGUUCAACACUGCCAAUACUGCUUAUCAGGACUUUGCGGUUUCUGGCUUCCUAAAGUAUGGCAAAAGCAAUGACAGACAUUUAAUUAGCUUGCCUUUCCUUGAUGGUUUGCUUCUAGUUCCUGACAACAUCAGAAUAACACUUGUAAGCAUGGGCGAGACCCUGAGGAAUUACAUCAACAAAGAAGGGAUUGCUUCCAAAAUUCAAAACUUAUCUCAGCAUGUUAGUGACUUUGUGUCUAAUUUGAACUUUGAGAGAAGAGCUGUCCAGCUGAAACGUACCUUGAUAUCUCUAUCCCAGGAGUUUGCAUUAAAGCUGGAAAAUCUGGUGUCCUCUCGAAUCGGUGCCUUUGCGAAACUAGUGAGUGAUAUAGGCAACCGUUUCAGUGAGGCACUGGAAUUGACUGUGAAGGGUAUGCUGGUUGAAAAUGUAGUACCAAAGCACAUUAGUACUUUGAUAUUUUCCAUCAUUGAGGAUGUUAAAAUACUUCUUAGCUCGAUCACCACCCAAAGUUACACAAAGCUGAAUGAGAUCUUCCGUCCUGCCAAUGCUGAGAACAACAAACCUGACAGUCCUCUUCAGAUUCCUUCAGUUUCAACAGCCCUUCUAGUGCCAUCUUUUGGAAAGCUGUAUGGUGAGUUCAGAUUCAGCAGCCCUGUAUACAACGUCAGAACCUCUGCAGAGUUCAAGAACGCCUCAGAGAGACACCCUCUGUUCACGGCUUUUAUUUACUCUAAAGGAACAUCUCCGAAACAUAACAUUCUGAAUUACAAUCUAGAUUCCACUGCACAGAUAUCUAUGCCUAAGAUGAGUCCUGUAACAGUGUCUGAAACUCUCAAGUUAACACACGUUUAUUUGACUUUAGACCAACAGGCAUCAUCGACUCUGAAUGGAUCUGCCUCUAACAAUGUUAAUUCUUCAUCUUUCUCUCUUGAAACUUUAUACAAGCACCAGGUGAAAAUCCCCUCACAGUCUUUGUCUGGUGAAGUCACCCUGAUUCAGAACACUAUAGCUUUCCAGGAUGGUGCUGCAAUCACCCUGACAGUUAAAAAUGAAGGAUCUAGCAAAUUUACUCUUGAAGACUUCUCUGAGGAAGGCACCCAUAAGAGUGACCUGCAUUUUAACAUGGGCCUUAGCACCGCCAAGCUGACUUUCACAGGCCGCACUGACAGCGCACAUUUGCAGAUGAAAAUGAAGGUGAAUGCUGAUGCUGUUGCUCUAAGCCACAUUGAAUUCAAUGCUCGUGUUGAAACAGAGUCGCCAUUUAUCAAGAACAGUUUGCUGGUUGCUUCUGGAAAGGCUUGCUUCAGUGAUUUGAGUAUAGAAAUCAGUGCAGCCCAUGACACCGAGCUUGUUGGACCUGUCAGCGGUGUCCUCUCUAACACUGCAAACAUCAUGACUUGUCCUUGUGCGGUUGAUAUUCACUUUCAGAACAAGGGUAAUGCCAAGAUCAAACUCUAUGAGUCUUUGUUAACCACUGUUGAUCUCCAGAAUGACUACACUUUUAUCUUCAACCCUGACCUACAAGAAUUUAGCACUGUGGCAGUUGCCUCUUUCAACCAUUUCAACUACAGCCAUAACUUCACAGCUAACAAUAACGAAGCAGAGAUGGGUAUUCACACUGUUGUGAAUAGUGUGGCCAGCUUUGAGUUCUUAAAUGCUGCAGAAAUGUUCGUGCCAGCCAUUUUCAAGAUUCAAGCAGUCAAAAAGCUGAAACUGAAUCAUGACCAACCCAUUGAUCUAAAUGCCAAACUUGUCUACCAGAAGAGUGGGUUUGCUCCUUUACUGGGCAACCUGGUCUCUGAGGUGUCUUUCAAGUCGUCUAUUCUCAACCUCAGUGCUAAUACAGGUGUUUAUCCGAAGGAUUGCUUGAUGCAUGUUAGUGCCACAACUGCCUCUGUGUUUCAGGAAUUGAAUUCCAAGCUUGAUGGAUCCACUAGCCUGACCACAAUAAGUGGACUGAAACUGGCCUCUUCUUUGUCUUUGGAGAAUGCUCACAUUGAGGGUAAUCAUAACAGCACCAUGACUCUGGAAGACAACUUUGAGGCUGUAUUAUCUGUGGACACAGUUGCUAAGAUUCAUACAACAAGCUUCACUGUUAAUGCCGCUCAUCAGCUUUCUGCUGACACCAAAGCCCAUCCAAAGGCAGAAUCAAACUUGACAAUCAAGUACACCUUCGAUCAGUCAGACUCAGCGGCUGCUGGACAUGGAGAUGCUAAGAAUACCUUAAAGCUGGAUGCAACUCUUUCCUAUAUCACCUUUGAGUCUGUAAGCCAAAUAACCUCCAAUUCUACAUCCCCGGAUGGUGUCACAAUUAAGGGAACACUAGAUAAUGAAGCUAACAUCUAUGUGAAAGCUGAUGGUCUGAAAUCCAAUCUGAAGACCACUGGAAAUGGAUGCAUUGGUUUUAGAUAUUCCAAGUUGUGGUUUGACAUUAAUGACCUGCUGACCGUGGAGGGAGAACUUGACCGUAUGUAUUCUUUGCUAGAAAUUAAUUCAAACUAUACAUAUAUUGAUGGUGGAGAUUAUGACCUUGCAAUAAAUCACACUGCUCGUGGUAAAACUGAUCUUGUUCCCCUGAGCACCCUCAUGGCUGCUGUAGAUAUAUUCUUGACUCAGCCAAGUUAUAGAGAUUUUGAUGUAAGAUAUAAAGAAAGUACUUUUUCAUCAAACAGGUUUGCAUUCAAAACAGAGACUUUCUCUCGUUGGUACAAUUCAAGUACAGCAAUAUCAGGAGAGACGUUGAAUGAUUUACCUAAUGCGGUUGUGUAUGAGUGCUCUUACAAUCUCACUUCUCCAUCUAUGCUUCUGGAGUAUCAGGGUGGCUUGCGUAUAAUUCCCGUUUACCACAAUUAAUUAUUGUU